AUGGCCGGUCAUGGGAAGCUCAUCCGAGCUGGCUUUCUGCGCCAGGCACAAUCUGGAGUCUUCCAGCUUCUUCCUCUAGGAUUGCGGGUUCAGGACAAGAUUGAGCGUCUUAUUGACAAGCACAUGCAAAAUCUGGGAGCCUCAAAACUUGCUCUUUCAACCCUCACAACAGAAGAGCUAUGGCGCAAAAGUGGUCGCCUGGACAAGGUCUCCCCAGAGCUCUUCCGACUGAGUGACCGCAAAGGGGUGCCCAUCAUGCUGUCACCAACACACGAAGAAGAAAUCACGUCCCUAGUAGCGAGCACUUUGAGGUCAUACAAAGACUUGCCCCUCAAGUUAUACCAAAUCACACGAAAAUACCGAGAUGAGAUCCGCCCUAGACAUGGCUUACUUCGAUCCCGCGAGUUCAUCAUGAAGGAUCUAUACACGUUCGACUUGACGGUUGAGUCUGCAGUCGAGACUUAUCGCGACGUCGCCGCCGCAUACUCUGCCUUCUUCUCCGACCUAAAGCUUCCCGUACUAGUAGCCGAAGCCAGCUCAGGAGACAUGGGCGGAGAGCACAGCCACGAGUAUCACCUUUCCCACGCCAUUGGAGAGGACACUGUCGCCGCCUGCAGCAACUGUGGGUAUAGCGCCAACGACGAAGUAGCCACGGCUCGGUCAUCCUGGCUGCCUGAGGGCGUAUUUACUCCUUCAAAUUAUGGUCUCUGGCGCGGCAUCACAAAAGACAGGACAAGGCUGGUCAACGUGUGGUAUCCUCGUCUGGCAGGUGAAUCCUCAUCGGAUGACGGCUGGAACCUCCAUGCGGUCAAGUCUGUUGUCCCCGAGCUGGACAACAGCGUUAGAGACACAGAGGCGUUAUGGAAGGAGGCCGUACACCAGGCGCAAGGGCAGGAGGGGAAGCUUCGCCUGUUGAAUGUCAUUGACUCACGGCUCUUAGGGGCGUUUGAAAAUCUGAUGGAGCACCUCCCUCUACUGCCCUCUGGUCUCGAUAUCGAUCAUAUCCCUCAAACUUGGAUCACAGAGACGCCCGCCGGCCAAGACCUCAACCUGCUACGCAUCAUGGAUGGCGACGGCUGUCCUCGCUGCGAGACGGGGACACUCGAGGUCCACCGUGCACUGGAGCUGGGCCAUACCUUUCUCCUCGGAACGCGCUAUUCAGUGCCCCUAGAGGCGACCGUGGCCCUCCCGCAGAAUCCAAAAGUCCAGGUCCCAGUCCAGAUGGGCUGCUUCGGCAUCGGCGUGUCCCGCAUCCUCGGCGCCGUAGCGGAACAGCUUGUAGAUGACAAGGGCCUCAACUGGCCUCGAGCGAUUGCGCCGUUCGAAGUCAUUGUUAUUCCAAGCUCCGGCGUCAACGAACAGACUCUGGACUUUUACGAUUCAUUGAUAAAGCGUGAUGGUGUUGCGACGGGGUUGGACGUCGUAUUGGACGAUCGAAAGGAGGCAUUUGGGUGGAAGAUGCAGGACGCGGAUAUGACGGGGUAUCCCGUUGUGAUUGUGCUCGGAAGGGCAUGGAGAGAAGGGGGAGAGUGUGAAGUGCAGUGCAGGAGGCUCUCUGUCAAGGAGAAUGUCAAGGCGGAAGAUGUGCCGCGGUAUGUGACGGCUCUGCUGGAGCGGCUGUGA